GUAGUAUGGUACUGUGGCUACAGUUUAUGGCCGCGCCUUUUAACUUACUUUAAAAAUAAGUUGUCUUGCAUUAAAGUCUUUUCGUUUCAAGUCAUAGUGCUUCAUUGGUGUGAAGACAGAAAGUCGACUAUAAUAGUCACAGAGUCAAUAAUUUAACAGCCAUGCAUCGUGUUGGAAAACCUUGGAAAAAAAAGACUGCAACUCCUGUUUUUCCGAAAUUUUUACGAAGAAUUGUUUUCUUUCUAAUAUUACUAGCGGUCUCGGAGGUUGAGGAAGAUGAAAAUCUACGACUCGUCAAUUAUUCUGCCGACAUCAAAGAUUCACUGGAUUUGUGUGCUUUCAUUUUUGCUAAAUUCAAUAUCUUUCUUGCAAAAUGGAGAAUGUUACGCAAUGUCGGCCUUUCAAAAGACGAAUACCCUCUUCUAUUUGGCAUGUCUUCAGAUCAAGGUCAUUCGGACCAUACCAAGGUCAUAGACUCCUCAAAACAUGAAAAAUCUGUUCGCUCCGAAGAAAACCUGUAUAUUCAGAUUCAGAAUACAAUGAAUUUGUCAAGGGAGAUAAGUAGUCUUGUUUCUGAGAAUAUUACCACACUCAAAAGACAAGAUGAAAAAACAAUCGUCCAAGUUUCUGCAAAAAUGCUGAAGUUUGAUUUACUACUUCGUGUGGUUUCUGGAACUUCUGGCAAAGUGUAUACCAAGGUCUGGAAAAAUUGUUCAAUGCAAUUUGAUGAUGAACGCAAACAGAGGGAUAUAGUCCCAAAGUGCUCAAACGUUGUGGAAUUUGGAAAUCAGGAUUUUGAACCAGAAAAGAAAAAAAUAAAUGAGGAAAUUGAUGAACAAAAAAGGGUCCUAGUAGAAGAAGUGGAAAACUUCCAGAAUGGUGCAGAGAAUAAUUUUAACAACCGCAUGUUUACAAAUAAUGUCUCUACUAUGAAAUAUUGGGAAUCUUUCGAGGGGUCGCUCAGAAAAUUGGACGAAGCUGGUGCCGUAACAGAGGAUUCUAUUUGUCGAUUCGGGGCUCAAAACAAUCGAACUGAAUGUAAAGUACAUGGACGAAAACAAACGUUUCAACCAGAUUGUCUCCAGGAAUGUGUAGAUGGCAAUAACAAUGAGAAAAAAAGUGAGGGUUCAUCGUCAAAUUCUAAUCCACAGCAGAGUGCCCAAAUUUCGUCGGGCGGGAAUUCUGCAAGCGGGGGAUGUUCGAGUCAAGGUUCCUACGGAACUGGAGACGGGGAUGGUGACCCAGAAAAAAAUCGCAGAAAUCAGAAAAUUGUUUCGGGAUGCGCAAAUGAUAAUGGAAUUUCAGACAGGGAAAAUCAGGAUGGAAAUAACAGAAACUCGGAUGAAAAUAGAGAAAAUUCAGAUGAAAAUAAAGGAAGCACAAUUCUUGAAUGCAACCAACGAGGCAACGCUUCCAUAGAAACAGCAGGAUAUAGCGGGCAUACACACGAAAAUGGAGGAAAUAGGGAGAAUCGACCAAGUGAUGUUGUUCGAAAUAAUUCGAGACGAAAUACUUCAAUAACGAACCCUACACAACAAGAAGAAAUUCAGCAAGCCUUCUCGGCUCCACGUGAUAUGAACAAAGGCGAUCAAACAAAAUCUACUCAGAAUCCAGUUCCCAAUCACAGGGAACAUGAAGAUGUGAACAUAAGCGUAGGACCUGAAUUACCCAGUGGUGCAAGCAGCAGUCAAGGAACUCAAGGCACAUCUGGAAAUGAAAACCAUAGAAGAACAAUUCCACGUAAACGAGGAAUUCCAGAACCAGAAUCCACUGACACUGGACAAGAAGUACGCCAGCCCAAUGUCAGAAAACGUGCAUGUCUUGACCCCGAACGCUAUCCGGAGAACCACCCGGACCUUGUUGCGCCCUUUCCUCGCACUGGCCCUGUUGAUCGUAGGCAUGAUGAUGAAGAUCUUGUGAAUAAUGUCAGAAAUCGUUCACGUCCCGGCCCAGAACGAUGUCUGAAUAACCGCCGUGACAUUGUUCAACACUUACUUCGUUCCAUUGAUAUAAGGCAUGAUGAUGAAGAUCCUACGAAUAAUAUUGCCUACGAGCCACAACGACCCGAUCGUACUUUCUAUCAUCCUCCAGAGAUUCUCAGAGAAGGGAGUGACAUUGCUACAAACCCCAGGACGUCCCAUCAACAGCCACUGCAAAACUCUAGAGUCGAGAGUUAUGGAAAUUUUGAAGACUUUCCACUGACUGAACAACAACGAGCCGCUGCACAACGACGUCGGCAAGUUUGUUACUUGGAUGAUUAUGCUGGAAAUCUGAUCGCAUACGAUCAACCCCGGCCGGGCCGGACUUUCAACCAUCCAGCAAGCCCCAGAGAAGGGAGGCCUUGGAUUUGCGACACAUGCCGAGCUCAUACACAUCCACUUGCCCCUCAAUUCUGCCCUGUGUGUGGGGUCUUUCUGUGUGAAGAACAUAUUGGUCAACGGCAUCGCUGCAUACAUGAUAGAGUUUUCGAGAAUCUCCCCUCAAAUGAUGGACAGGACGCAAUGGAAGAUGGAGGUGAAGAAAACGCAGAAAUGGAGGAACACGGGGAAGAUGGGGACUAACCGGGAUGGAAAAAAAUUGACCAAAAAAAGAUCUUUCUGUAUAAUACAAGGCAAUUUUUUGUAGCUUGGAAUGCUUUUUAGACCCUUAAGACUAAUUAAAACACACAUUUCCGGUGUUCGGACAGAACCGCUAGUUGCUUCGAUCUAGCUUGGCAAAUAAAAAAUUUAGAACUCCAUCCCCCCUUUGAAUAUUUCUGGCUACGCCCCUGCCUUUAGCUAUGUGUGCAAAAGUUUUUGCAUAUUAUGUGCUCAUUUUAUAAGUUUAAUGAAGUACAUAGCCCCAAAUGUUACCAUUUGAAUGGAAACUUUAUAUAUUUAGGUCCCAUUAGUCAACUCACCUUUAGCUUUAUGUGAAAAAAAAAUUUGCAUGUUUUUAUCCAUUUAUUUGGUAAAAAUUUGGCCAUUUUAUUUGUUACCCUGCUUUCAUCUCACUUAUCAAGAAGAUGAAAUAUGUUGUAGACCUGUUCCAGUCGUAUGCCCAUUUGUGCAAAAAAGGCUUUAUUAGUUUAUUACCAAGGCUCUUAUGUUAUAGCCAUUGAAGGUAAAAUAUGCCUUUUUUUUCUUUAUUUGGAUGGAUUUUGGUUCCGCCCAUGUAUUUCUAUUACUGUAGUCGUUUUUUCAUGUUUUAUUAUUUUAUUUUUUGAUUAUGCAUAAAUUUGAUCACCUUCAAGGUAUAUGCAAUCUUUGUAUCUGUUAACAAGUUCAAUUUUUGACUUGUUGCAAAUGAAAUUUUGGAAAAUCCUGAAAAAAGUUCAUUUUAUAGAUAAAACCGUUUCUGAAAAAAAUCAGAAUUUCUAUUUUCUAUAGAAGAAAUAUUUUUCAACUACUUUAUGUAAAAUUUAAUUUUUUAUGGAUAUAGAUAUAAAUAACCCCUGCAUUUGGUAAAGGUGCUAACACACUAGGAAGAAGAUGUUUGAUAUGCUUUGAAAAUUUAAAACCAAUAUACUCAAUGGUGACCGUACAUUUGAACCCAUGUACAUUUGAACCCAUGUACAUUUGAACCCAUGUGCAUAUC